AUGAGUUUCUCUCGUUGCCUCGUUUUUAUAUAUAUCUGUGUUUACGCUUUUGUUCACGCUCGCUAUAAAAAUGGAGAUUUCAUGUUGGGUGGACUCACUUCUAGCUCUGUUCGUCAGUUUCAAGACACCGAGGCCCAAUGCGGCGGUAGUAAUGAACAAUUUGGUGUCGCACAAGCAAUUAUCUUCGCCGUCGAAAAGAUAAAUAAUGAUCCAUACCUACUUCCAAAUAUCUCCCUUGGAUAUGACAUCAGAAAUUACGACGGAAAUAUUACUAAAGCAGGGAAGAUAACUUACGAACUGUUUGAAGAUACCCUCUGUGCUAGCUCAGCAACCGGUAAUAAGACCAAAAGGCAGCCUAUUGUUGCCUUAAUCGGUCCCUUCGAUUCCCGCACAGCUUUGUAUAUUGGCGGAAUUCUCCGUAUGUUUAAUGUCUCUGGAAUAAGCGGAACAACAACCAGUGGGGAGCUGAGUUCCAACAGUUAUGCUCAUCUGUAUCGUACUGUGCCCUCCGAUACAUUUCUUGCAAAAGCUAUGGUCGACAUCAUUGAACACUUUAACUGGAGUUAUGUGGCUGCCGUUGGACUUGAUGACUCGUAUGGCAGAGGCGGAGUAUGGUCUUUAGUCAAUGAAGCAACGGCUAGGAAGCAUCCAUUUUGCAUUGCGAUGACUGAGUUUAUACGUCACGAGGCACAAUUUCCUAGCAUUAAGUAUGUCGUUGAAGAAUUGAAAAGCCGCGAAAAUAUCAAAGUAGUUAUCUUAUGGUUAUAUGGGGACUAUUUGCAAAGGUUUAUAGAAGAAGUCAGCAGACAAAACCUCACAGAUCGCGUUUGGAUUUUAAGUGAAAUAUACUCGAUUUCGAAAGAAAACGACUUCAUGGAUUCAAGAUUCUCUGUCUUGGAAGGAUCUAUAGGAUUUCAACAUCAUGAUUACAAUGGGCACGAAUUUAAAGAAAGCCUAAAAACCAUUCUGACGAACGCGAUGACUGAUAAUAUGACUUCAGAGUGGAGUGAUGUUGAGGAUAAUCCAUGGAACUGUCCAGGAUUUCGACAAUCUACGACAAUUCCAAAUCUGAGCAGCACCACAGCAAUGUUGUUAAUGAAAUCUACAGCAGUUACGUUCCAUACAUCAUCGACGCUGUGUACUCAGCAGCCCAUGCUCUGGACAUAUUGACCACAGAUUUGAACGGCAUCGAUGCCAGUGAUCUGCAGCAGUUUGAUGUGAAUAUUAAAAAAAUGCAAAGGGUCCUUGGAAGAGUAAAUUUUACAGGGUUAACAGGGAAAAUUAAGUUUGACAAAUUUGGUGAUAUAAACUCGGCGUCAUAUGACAUUUUCAGUAUCGAACGAGUAUCAUCCGAGACCAAUGGUCUUAAAACCACCCUUGUAGGAAAAUGGGAAAAUCAUGCAAAAAGUAAGGCUCAGUUAAAUUUUUAUCGUGAAAUUCUUUGGAGGACUGUGAAUGGUGAAACACCAAAAUCUGAAUGCUCGGAACAAUGCCAGCCAGGAACGAGAAAGUCGUCUACUUCACCUUGCUGUUGGCACUGCGUCCAGUGUCCUGGCAGCUCAGUCAACCCUUAUCCUGGCUCUGCGAGUUGUGUUGAGUGUCCUAAGGGUAGAACAGCUAAUCAGGCUAAGACAGAGUGUGUAGCUUUGCCCUCGGCAAACUUAAGCUACAACAGUGUUAGUGGAAUGUUUAUUCUUGGGUUUGCCACUUUUGGUGUAAUUCUCUCAUUUUUUUCUUUCGUAGUGAUUGUUAAAUUCUGGAACAGUCCUAUCGUCAAGGCAUCCAAAAGGGAGUUGAGCAUUUCUCUCCUAUUAUCUGUUCUUUUGUUGCUAUCUCUGACAUUCAUAAAUGUCUUGGAGCCCACAAAUACAAUUUGCAGAAUUAUUUAUCCGGUUCGCUACUUGACAUAUAAUCUUUGUCUCUCUGUCUUGCUAACGAAAUUCUUGCUUAUCUCGAGCGCAUUUCAGGUUCCAAUAGUGAUCAACUCUCUCUCGGACAGAGUUCAAGUUUGUAUUUUAAUAAUGUUGCAAGUACUGCUGCUGAUUUUUAUUCUACCGUGGCUUCAACUAGAUCCACCCUUUAAAGUGCAACAUAUUUAUUCCGAACUCUACACUUUUAGUAAGUGCAAAGCAUUCACUAGUUUUACUGGAAAAAGCCUAUUUUCGGUAAUAUGUUUUUAUGUUUUCGUCCAGUUGCUACUAUCCGCAGUUUUUGCCUUUAAUGUACGGAAAAUUCCUGAAAAUUUUAGUGAGGCAAAGCGGACAGCUUUUUCCUUGUACAUAUUUCUGUUGUCCUUGCUAUGUUUUCACCCAGUGGAGUGGUCUAUCGAUGGAUGGUAUGUAACGGUUGUGGACUGUGUCACAACUCUGUUGAGUGCGUAUGGUUUCCUUGGUUGCAUAUUUUUGCCCAAAAUGUAUAUCCUACUAUUCAGACCGGAUCUAAACGCCUUGGCCAACAUUAGACAAGAAGUCACUCAGUUCUCGUUUGGCUCGAACCGUGUUCGUGUCAGACCUGCUGUUGAUAUUUCCACUCAGGAACCCCAAUGUUAG